AUGCCCAACCGCCACUUUAUUUCCUUUCCCGCCCGCCUGCUCGCGACCUCCCGCCCGUCCGCCGCCGCCUCGCCGCACGCCGCCCGCAUCAGAUUCGACCACGCCCGCCUCCCCCGCCGUUGUUUCCACGCCGCCCGUCCGCCGCAGAUCCGGUCGCGGGCGCCCCGUGCGUCGCCGCCCCGUGAGCUCCGCCCCGUCUGUCCGCCGCAACUCCGCCCGGCCCCGCCCGCCGUAGCUCCGACCUGCCCCGUCCGCCCCGCCCCGUCCGUCGCCCCUCAGCUCCGCCCCGCCCGGCUCCGUCCGCCACCGCCACCGCUCCGGCCGCACACCGCCGCCGCUCCACCACUCUCACCGCUCUCCGAUGGCGCCAAGAAGACGCCGAAGGGCAAGUCGGGCUUCUUUGGCGUGAGGCAGAAGCCCUCCAGUAACUGGGGAGUGGAGUUCUUCGAUGCCGGGAGGCGUUGGUGGAUCGGCACGUACCCCUCCGCCCACGAGGCCGCGUGUGCCUACGACGUGGCGGUGUGGCGUGCCGAGAGGCCUCGGGAGCACCUCAACUUCCCAGAGAUCGAGAGUCGGGUGAAAGCGGAGAUGCUUGUGCCGCAGGGCAUCAAGAUGAAGGAGAUCACGACGAAGAAGAAGACGACGAAGAAGCCGUCGGUUGUCGUCAAUGCCGGUGAGACCGACGAGGAGGCGAUGGCGACGUUUGCUCGAGAGCAUCCGGAGUACGUCCAGGCUGAGCUGGAGCACUACUGGAAGCGUGAGGCGGAGCAGAAGAAGAAGGAGGACGAGGUCGGUCCCUCGACCGUGAUCCCCAUCGAGUCCUCUUUCGAGGAGGACUGGGCAGACUUCUCGGAGGAGGAGGAGUGCGACGACCCGGAGAAGGAGGAGUUCUGGAAGCAGUUCCGCAGCUCCGACGAUGAGGAGUACUUUAUCUAG